AUGGUUCGCAUUAAUGCACCACAAACAACAACACCAACAUCAGUAAAUACUACUAUUAAUAAUGAUCCCGAUGAACAAGCAACAUUGAAUGGUUCUGUUGGAACAACAGGAGGUAGUACUCCAGCUACAAAUGAUUUUCAUCCAACAAAUAAUCCUAGUAUAAUGGAAGGAGUUAAUCGAGAAUAUGAAAUACCCAAUUUAUUUACUUAUAAAAAAAUUGAAUCAUUAGUUGAACGAAUGCAAGAUGAAAAUACUGGUUUACCAAUAAAAUCCGUCAAAAGUUUUAUGUCAAAAAUUCCCAGUGUUUUAACCGGUGGAGAUUUAAUACAAUGGGUUUUGAAAACACUUGAUGUUGAGGAUACAGCUGAAGCUGUACAUCUAGCUAAUCUUAUGUCAUCACAUGGCUAUAUAUUACCCAUUGAAGAUCAUGUAUUAACCGUAAAAAAUGAUGGAACUUUUUAUCGAUUUCAAACACCUUAUUUUUGGCCAUCAAGUCAUGGUGAAGCCGAUAAUAUUGAUUAUGCUGUGUAUUUAUGUAAACGAACGAUGCAAAAUAAAACUCGAUUAGAACUAGCUGAUUACGAAGCUGAAAAUUUAGCUAGACUUCAAAAACUAUUUGCACGAAAAUGGGAAUUUAUCUACAUGCAAGCUGAAGCACAAAUAAAAGUCGAUAAAAAACGAGAUAAAUUCGAACGAAAUGUUCUCGAUUCACAAGAACGUGCUUUUUGGGAUGUACAUCGACCAGCACCCGGUUGUAUCAAUACAACUGAUCAAGAUAUUAAAAAAUUAAUGCGAAGAAAAAUAUCUACUAUAACUCCACGUUUAUUAAUUGAUGCUUAUCGAAAAGCAACAACAGUAACAACAGUAAAUCCUGCUCCAGCAUCAGCUCUUGCAUUUGCUGCUAAUCGAAAUUUAAUUACAAUGACUGUUGGUUUAUUAACAACAGGACCAUCAGCAGCAAACACACCAACAACAACAAAUUCGAAUACACCAAGUAGUCCGCCACAAAUACGAGCAUCAAUCUUACGUGAAUGUGAUGAAAAUUUAUUAACUGAACAAUUAUUACAAGAAAUUGAAUUUCUUAAACAUCGAAUUGAUAGACGAUGUAUAAAAACAUCUAAAGUUUGCGAAAGUUUUGUUUCUUAUUUCGAACAAUAUGCUGAAUUUGAUCCAUUUAUUACAUUAUGUGAACCAUCAAAUCCAUGGAUAACUGAUUCAACUGAUCUAUGGGAAUUAGAAAAAGCUAGUAAUCCAAAAGAUAUAUCAUCACGACGUGUUAAACGUUGGGGUUUUUCAAUACAUGAAUUACUUAAAGAUCCAAUUGGUCGUGAUUAUUUUUGGAAAUUUCUUGAUAAAGAAUAUUCAAGUGAAAAUCUACGUUUCUAUGAAGCAUGUAUACAAUUACGUUUUCACACUCCACAAAAAGAUGUGCUUAAUCGAGUUAAAGAAAUUUAUAAUGAGUUUCUUUCACCAGGUGCUUAUUAUUCAAUAAAUAUUGAUCAACGUGUCAUGAAUUUAACAAAACAUAAUAUGGCUCAUCUUCCUAAUAGAUAUACAUUUGACGAAGCUCAGGAUCACAUCUUUAAUUUAAUGAAUCGUGAUACAUAUGCUCGAUUCUUACGUUCCGAAGCAUAUAAAGAAUUAUUACUAGGUGGAAAAAAGAAACUUGGACUUAAAUCAGGACGACUUUCAAUUGUUAUACGAAAUCCAACAGAAAGCUUUUCAAUUAGUGGUAGUACUUUACUCACCGGUGGUACUAAUGACAAGCAUUUAUUAGGAACUGGUCUUCGUUAA